GCAUUUACAUAGCUUGCUGUAGCCGAAUCGGCCAUUAGGAAUGGCUGUAAGAAGCGAGUGAAUUGCUGGAAAAAGUUAUCGUUUUCGCUCUCAAAUGUCUCCCAACCGGUGCUAUGUAGAUAAUUGUACUAUGUGUGUAUUCGUUAUCAAGCUUAUUCUGUGAUAUGUGCAAUUUUUCCAGGGUAGUAAAGAAAGACUACAGAAUUCCUCUCAUCAAAUUAGCUGAUAUCCAAAGAUCUUUCAUCUUGCCUUGCAGUAUAACACUCACGUGAAUUAACCACAGGGUGUAUUUUCCAUUGCCAAAUCUACAUUUCAACACUGCCUUGCAUAUCUUUAUCUCAGUUUUCAGAAAUCAAGUCACAAAAGGGAAGGGGGUUGAUGAUUUCUGGGUCCACGCCAUAUUGUCUUGGUAUCAUUCCAUAUUAAAGGCCAGCAAUCAGAGCAUUACUGUGAAAAGUGCCUACUGGGUUCAACACAUCAGCCUCAGUCUUGUUGGCUCAUUGCAACAGCUCUCACAUUGACCAUAUUCAUGUGUCCUUAAUUUGUGUUAAAAAUGCAGCAGCAAGUCAUGAAACGCAACAUGUCGUCAGAUAUGGGCUGGGGCAUUGGAGAAGGAGGAGGUUGGGGCCAGCAUACAUCCGCUCCAGGCAGUGGGUCUUGGACAUCCACCGCCAACCAAGACAAUUCAUCCUCUAGCUGGCAAGCCAUGAGCAAGUCUGAUAAUGCAUCGGAUGCUGGGGAUGAUGCAUCGUCAGUCAAGUCUGGUUCCACCAUCACAAAUUCAAGCAAUAUUAAUCCACAGCAGUCACAGGAUUCCACCAGCACAACAUCAGCAGUUAGCUCUUCUAGUCCAUGGAGUGCCAAUCCCUCUCUCUCAGGCAUGGAUUCAGGUCCAUGGGGAAACAGCAGCUCUCCAGCUCCCACCAGUUUAAACUCGCUUGGUUGGAAUGCUAAUCCCGCUAGUCUUUCUCUGAAUAGUAAUCAAGGGCAUAAUAACAGUAUGCAACCGGGGCCUAGUGUCAUAGGUAGCAGUUCAAGUUUCAACUCCACCAGUACUGCCUCAAGUGGCUGGCCGACAGGGAUGUCUGGAAGCAGCAUGGCCAGCACCUCGUCAUUGCCCCCUAAUGUCAACACUGGGAUGCCAUCUGGGAAUCUCUCCUCUCAGUGGCCAGGUAGCAACAUGCUGGGAAAGAUGGGAGAUUUUCAGAAAACUUCUGAUGCUGCAUGGAAUAACCCCACUUCUUCUAUUAUGGAAAAUAAAGAUCUAAGUGGAAGUUCAGACCCAAGAAUGUGGGGCAUGGUUGACAAGACUGGAGACCAGAAUUGGGAUCCCCCAAAGUCUCAUUGGGGGAAUACCCCUAUCGCUGGAUCGGGAGACCAAGGUGCUAGUAAUGGCACUGAACUUUCGUUUGCACAAGCCACUCUGAAAGGACUAAAAGUGCCCCCUUCCGCAGGUGGUGCACCGCCGAGUGGCAUGACUUCUCGCCAAGAAGAAAUUCUCCGAGCCAUUGAGAAUCAUGAGGGUUGGGGCUCUCGUCCUGUCCGGCAGGAUACAAGUUGGGAUAUUGACAACUCUCCCAAAUCCCAUCGAAAGUUCACUUCUGACAACAGUGCCGGAGCGUCUAAUGUCUGGAACAAUAGCAAUGGAACUGCCAUUUGGGAAGCCGUCCGGGAAAAUCAAGGCAGCAAUUGGGCUGGGGCUAGUGGGGGUGGUGCAAGUGGUAAUACUUGGAACGCUGAUAAAGAUCAAGGUUGGGGUGGUCCUCCCAAACCACAGGAUCCCAACACUUGGGGUGUUAGUGGUGCUGGUGGAAAUGGAGAUCCCAAAUCUUUUGGAACUUGGGAGGGUGGUGGUGCUGGGGAUGCCUCUAAUAAAAUGUGGGGUGGUCAGAAGACGGUAAUAGGUUCCUGGGGUGAAGUUCCUAAUGUCCAACGGUCCACCAGCAUUUCGUCGUGGGGUGAUGAUGGAGAAACCGGCAGCUGGGAAGAUCAACGCCGCAUCACGGGCGGCAUGAGCAGCAUGCAGGGUAUGGUACCCCCAAGUCCUGGAAUGAACGCCCCUAGUAUGGCUGGAAUGAUGCCCCAGGGUGUGCCAGGUAUGAACAUGGCAGGAAUAGGGGCCGACUCGACGCCAUGGAAUUCUGCUAAUGCUGCUGCCAUGAGUCGCCCAAAAAUGGAUGAGCCAUGGAACAAGCCACCUCCCAAGAUAUCAGGUUGGGGCGAUCCCACCCAGGAUGGAGUCAAAGUUGAUGACGGAACAGGAAUCUGGGCUGCCAACGCUCCCAAACAAUUACCUCCUCAGGCUAAAACCUCAGGUUGGGGAGACGCAGGACCCCAGGGUCAGUGGAAUUCUGCUGUCGGUGCUAAACCAAAGGCUCCUGGUGGCUGGGAUGAGGCCUCAUGGGCCAUGGCUCAGAGGACUAAGCAAAUACCUCCUAAGUAUAUGAAUGCAAGCAGCAAUCCUCCUACUCAGAUGAGAUCUAAGCUUCUUCAACACUUAAUGGAUAUGGGAUACAGGAAAGAAGAAGCUCAAAAUGCAUUGAUCACGAACAACAUGAAUCUGGAGUUGGCUAUCAAUGAUCUCAAAACUAAUAAUGGCAUGCAAAGGAAAGACCUGGAGAUGGAUAUGUUUCAGGCAAAUGGGCCACAGAGCAGAAUGCCAUAUAUGUCCAAAGGUGGACUGGGAGUCGACGACAUGGGUGAUACCCACCCUGACCAAGUGCCUAAUUUCAGUACAAAUUUGCAGAAUACUCCUUUCCCCAAUGCUCAAGCACCUAAUCAGCCAUUCAUUCAAGGCAAUGCUAGUCUGCCUCCCUCUAGUCUGAAUCACAAUUCCAGUAUUAACCCCAACCUUCAGCAGAAACUAAUGCAGAAAAUGCAGCAAGUGCCGCCUACCAAUGCUCUGGGCCCCAGAGGCCAAAUGCCCCCUGUGGGAGGGGUAGCCAACAACCAGGUUCCUCAACAGCAACAGCAACAAAUCCUAGCCCAGUUACGCCAGGCUGUGAGCAAUGGAUACAUUUCUCCUCAACUGCUCAACUAUCAGUUGCCGCACAACAUUCUUGUCCUUCUCCAGCAAUUGCUCCAGCUGCAGACAGCUCGCCAGAGCGUGAUCAAUAAACUGCAACAGGCAAGAGCUAGUGGCAAUAGGGGUAAUCAACAGCAGCUGGAUCAGAUGCCCAGUCUGAUAAACAAUAUCAAUCAACAAAUCAACAAUCUUCAGAAGCAGCUGCAGCAAGCUCAGACUAAUCUCUUUAGCACUCAGAAGAUGCCAAAUAUGCCACAACCACCAUCUGGCAUGAUGACACCUAUACCAGGUCCCCAGCAGGGAGCAGUUGGUGAGAACAUUGAUGCCAUCAGCACUGAUCUAGCUAAUGUAGCCAUAAGUCAGUCCCAGUCUCGCUUGACAACACAGUGGAAAGCAAGCUCCGAGUCCAGUAGUACUGCUGAUGGAUCCUCCACACCAACCAUGGCAGCAUCGACAGGCGCCACAGCUGACGGGGAAGAUAAAUCUGGAAAGGGCCUCCUGCAAUCUUCGUCCUCUCCUAAUAUGAAUUUGAUUCCUGGAGGUCUGGGGAUGACAGGUGAUCGAACCUGGUCUAGCAUGUCAACAACCUCCUCCUCCAAUUGGCCCAUGUCUUCCAACGAUGGUGCCGGUACCAAUUCUCAGGCUGAUCCUAAAAUCUCCAACCCUUCAAGUACUUCUACCUCAUCAAUCUUGUCCGGAAUGCCGACUGGCCUCACGGAUGUCAUCCCUGAAUUUGUGCCCGGAAAGCCCUGGCAAGGGCUCUCCACGAAGAAUGUGGAGGAUGACCCCCACGUUACUCCUGGCAGUAUCAUCCAGCGGUCGCUCAGUGUUAACAGAGUUCAUGAUGAUUCACUCAGUAAUCUUGAUGGUCACAAGUUGUCUGGCAGCAAUUGGGGCAAUAGUUUAAAGAAUGAAAAUAGCCUUGGCCUGAGCCAACUGGGAAAUCGCCCACCCCCUGGUAUGGCCCCAGCGAAGAUGGCAGGAUCACAGCAGUGGCAGACAGGCAGUCCUUUCAACAGACAAGCGUCCUGGGCUGGUCGCUCAAACACUUCAGCAUUCACUCAAGUUGGAAGCCCGAACUGGAAUGACCAGAGCCAGCUCAGUUCCUGGAUUUUGCUGAAAAAUCUGAACUCUUCUCUUGAUUCGGCCACCGUCCGCGCUUUGUGUGCUCAGCAUGGAAACCUGACCAACUUCAUUCCACAAGGUCAAGCUGCCCUUGUUCAGUACACUGGCCGUGACCUGGCCUACAAUGCUGUACAGCGCCUCAACAACUUUCAAGUAGGAAACACCAUCAUCGGAGCAGAGCUGAUCAGUGAGAAUGAGGCUCAGCGUGCAGUCUCCCAGAUUCCUCCUCCUCAGCCAAGUCCUGCCAUGCCACACAUAAAUGCUAGUCAGUGGUCACAUGCCCCACCCACUUUCCAAAGUGGGGGAGCCCGUGGUGGGGAUCCUUGGGGUAAUGGGAUGCAUGGGCACCAGCACAUGUCCAAGUUUGGGUCUGUUGGGGGUGAUCCAUGGGGAGGCUCUGGCUUGUGGAGCGAUAUGAAUUCGAUGGCAGAUCACAACUCGAACCAGCUCCUCAGCAACAUUCUCGGGGGUGAAUCGAUGUAAAAUGAUAUUUGUAACACUUAACUGUGAAGGCUAUAUUCCCUUUCCUCCUCAAAGCUGAUUUUUAAAAAAACAGGAAGCUAAUGAGUUCUCGAGGUUGGUGUUUUGUUUUUUUGUUUGUAUGUACUCCAAUGUGUAAUAUUAUCUUAAAUGAUAUGCUCUAACUUUAAUUUCAUGGUAUUGAUAUGCUUGUUUGUGCUGGAUUUUGUAUGACAAUAUGCCACAUGUUCAUGUGAUCUCUCAAAAUAUAUACGUUUUUGUAUGCGGGUUAGGCUGGAGUAUGUGGAUACCUUAUUAUGAUGUCCAUAUACUCGCAAUGUGUUCCACUGGCCUCUAUAGCUGAGUGCCGUCUCUACCAAAUUGAUGCAUGCAAAUAUUUGUGGUGCUUUCCUCAUUGAGGAGCCCAUUACAUCACAUCUUUAUUUCCUUCCUCAAAAAACGUAAUAUCAAUUAUGAAUUAGAUUUAUGUAUGUAUGGUGUGUACUUAGUGUCAAGUAUCCGAGUCUUUCAGAAUUCCUGUGGUCUUAUGUGGUGAUGGGAUGACCACCCCUUACAGUACUUGAUUAAUACUAGCGCCUUUUAAAUGUUUUAAACAAGAUUUUUCACAACGUUGAUUUUAAUUCAUGGUUUGACCUUGGAAUUGGAUAUUUUCAUGGAAAAUGCUUGUAUCAAUUUACUCAAUGUACAAAUGUUAGAAUAAUACAAUGGAGGGAAUGAUGGCUGAAGGAAAAAAAAUCCCCACCUAGCGCCUCUGCUAUGGCUGAAUGGUGUAUUGUGCAAUUGCAUAGCACAUUACAGUGCAGCAAGCGCAUUUUGUAAUUCUUCUUUUGUUCAAAAGUCAUGAUGUCUUUGUUUUAUUAAAGGGAGGGUGGUUCAACCCUAACCUUGAUUCUUUGUUGUUUCUCUUGCCUUGUUACAAAAAGGAAAGUAAAGACGUGAAUGACUAACUUUUAAAUAAACCAAAAAAACAAAAAAAAAAAAAAAAAAAAACACUUCUCAUGUGGCAGGAUGCCAACAACCUGUGAUACCAUUGUCUCAGUGUGCCUGCUUUGUUUAUGUAUGCAUGUGUUUAUGACCAAAAAUUAGUGCACAGCGGUGCAUGCUACUCUGCUUCCAUGAAAGUCUUUAGUUGAACUAUAUGGUUGAUGGCGUUCAUAAAUCUCAAACUGAUAGUCAAUAUUCUUAUGCAACUAUUUCUUUGAAGUAGUUAAAAUAGUGUUGGGCCUAACUGCUGCUAUGUUUUUCAGUCCACCGCCUAUGGAAACUUGUCAUGAGCUUUGGACCUGUUGGUGCAAAAGUUUAAGUACAGAAUACGCUGGGUAUAUAUCUGCAUUCCUGUCAAAUUUUUUAAAAUUAAAGCACCUCUUGUUCAGGGACCGUCAACCAUAAACAACAUAAAAGAAAAAAAAUCACUUUCAGAAUUUCAGUGAUAUUUUGUAUUUAUUUUGCAAAGUCAUAUCAAUUGUGUAUUUAUGAUCAAUAACGAAACUUUGUUAGUUGUUCGUCUCAGCAAAUUGCCAUAUUAAGCCUAUCUUCAUAAUGGUUCGUGUUGAGCUAAUCAAACUUUAUGUUAGUUGUUUUUGUAUAAAUUAUUACACAAACUGCUUGUUUAAUGUUAUUUUUCCCUCCUAUACAAUAAGAUUUCAUCGAUUUGAUCACUGUUAAAUGCUGUUAAAAGGGGAAUAGUGCAGAGAAUUUUACAUCGGUAUUGUUGAUAAUGCCUUUCCUUUUUUUCCUUUUUUCCUUCUAUGAAAGUAAUUAAAAAAUGCAUAUUCCAAAGAAUUGUCGGCUCUUGAUGUCCCCCCUCCCCUCCCCAAUGAUCCUUGUUGAUGUUUGAUGCGCCAUUGUAUAUUGUUACGUGCUCGGUAGAGCUCGGUGAUUGAUCCAUGCAGUGUUCCAAUGAGUAUUACGUCUUACAUAGAUAGUUCUUCUUUUGAGUCAUUGUGAACUUGCCUUGCAUUCUUAGAUACUCAUGCUUCCAUAAAGCAGCCACAAGGACAUAGAUUGUUGGAUUUACUGUUUCAGGAUCAAAAGAAUAUUUCCACCACCUGUUGUUCCUUCCUCUGAGAAGUUGUAUAUAGUGGAGCCAAAAGUUGAUGCAAGUUCCUGAGCUACACCAUUAUUUUGGAUUCUAAUACAAUAGGUAGUUUCCUCUCUUUUUGUCUAAAUCCAUUAGUUUCAUGCGGACUUCAAUGCAAAACCAUGACAGAGACAAACAAAUAAAACCUACACCGCCAUUCUCAUCAUCCAAGGAUUUUCUCAUCUGUAGUCAAAAGAAUCUUGAAGUCUUGUUUGUCACGUGUCUGCAUUUGCUUGUUCUUUAUAUCAGUAAUAGUAAGGAAUAUAUGUUGUGUCUGAACUGUUCAAGCUCAUGUGACACACAUAUAUUUUACCUUUCUUUACAAAGAUUAUGGUCACUACAAUUUUUCAAAAAAUCUCCAGUAAAGUUUGUUGUAAGUGUUGCCAGAAAUCCAAAAAUUUGCUGACUGCAGUUACUCAUGAUGAACAAAAGUAAUCUCAUCAUUACAGGUGAUUGAUUGUAAUGUGUUCUUGCAAUAGGUUGGUGAUUUUUUUCCCCUUGUAUUUAAUGCCAUGUCAUGUCUAUACUUUCAUGUUGAGAAGAUCUGUAGUUUAUCAUUGAACAAAUGUGUGAUUUGCUAACUCCGCCCUUUCUAUGUUGAUGCAUUCUGUCAUAAUUCCACAAUCACUUCUUCUUUGGGGAAAAUGGGAAAAAAAUCACCCGAAAGUAAGUGAAGCAGACCACAAUGAUAAGUAGACAAUGCAAACCAUCCUCAAGUCCUUCUCCCAACCUUCCUCAACAAGGCAAUAUUUUAUCAAUUGUUGUUAUCUGCAAGUUUGUAAAUUAUUGAAAUUUCCAGUCCCAUAUGGUAAUUUAUUGAUAUCUCUAACAAAAGCAUUUCCCCCUCCCCCCCCAGUGAGUUUUUGUUCAUAUUCUUUUUAUUGGCAGGAAUGUACUCUUUGUGUAUGUAAUAUUUUCAUGUGAAAGACGCUCAAUAAAUUAACAUGUCACAUUGGUGCAAUGCUCUUGAUACAGAUAAUCAUGUUGUGUUACUAUUUAAAUAGCUCCUAAUAUGAUUGGCAUUGACUUAUUCUCUAUGCACGGUGCUGAUGUGCUCAUUCUGAUACUGUGGUGUGUCAUAAAUGAUUGUAUUCAUGCAUUUGAGAAUCAAUGGAUAGUCAGCAAUGAUAAUUUUGCAGCAGGAGUUUCAUAUAUAUAUAUAUAUAUAUAUGUAUUAUAAAAAAAUCUAUUGGAAAAAAAAGAAAAAUAAAAAACAAAAAAAACAAAAAAACAAAAACCCCAACAAACACAAACUUUGUCCCUAUCCCAUUUCCUUGUCAGACACAAUUGACUAUGUAGCUUUUUAUUUUCCACAUGAACAUAUUUCAGUAAUGUGUAUAAUUUUAAAUCUGAAUAUCUUUACUAUACAUGUGUAAACUAAAAAGCUACAAGCAUUUGAGUGAAGCUCCUGCCAGAAGCAUUGCAACAUAUAAUGCCAGUAAUUUCUUUGAAUCGCAAGUUAAUGAAUGCACUGCAUAUGUAAAAUCCUCAUUUCUGGUGCUUCCUCUUUCAAAGAAACAUUAGGGGAUACCUGCAAUGGAACUUGCAAAAUUUUCAAAGAUCUUUAUAUUUAUAUCAAAAGGUCUGUGAGUUUCUUACCAAAAAAUACGGACAGAAUCAAAGAAAAAAAUAUUACUGAUUUCAUCCUCCUUUGUGGUGCUCAUGAUGUGGACUUCUUUUGUCCCAUUGCACUUGGUCCUAGUGGAUGCUGAGAGGCACUAUCUUAAAUUAGACAUAUUACUAAACCAUUUGAUUUGAGGAAGACUUUGAGGUCUGUCCAAAACAGCAAUAAAGUUAUGUUGUGGGGGAGUGGGUUUAAACUUGAAAUUGAUGAUCUUGUGUGCAAUUUUGUGCCUUUUUCAUUACCGAGUAGUGAUUGAUGUUUGUGUAGCCAUGGCUUUCAUUAUGGAUUAUAAAUAUAAAGAAUGUAGUUUCAAAUCUGUUACUGUUCCUGGCCAACUAGUCAUCAAAAUUUGUCAUGGUUCAUCAAGCUCUUUUAAUAACAGGCAAGGCAGGGGAUACAACUAGUGAUGUGAAAGAUCUGUAUGUUCGUCAUUCAUCACAAAGUUAAAGACUUUGUAAACGAAGCAUAUUUACCUCGAGCACUGUCGGUAUGCAAGUACAUUAUUUCGCAUUGCAUUUUUGCUUGUGACUUACCACUUAAAGACUAAUCAAAUCGAUUUGUAAUCUUUUCCUCAGAAAAUCAGUGGAACUGUGAUGGUGUUGCUUAUUACUUAUCUCAUGAAAAUGUGCAUUCCAUGAUUUUUCUCCCCUUCUCUUCAUCAUCCAUAUGGUAUAUCUUUGAUCUUUCCUCUUUGGGGAAAAAGUCAGUAUUGCUCAGCCUUUUCAAUAGUAAUCAGGCUAAUUACAGGUUUGUAUCACAUAGAGCAACCAUGACAUUUUCCCUAGCUGUGUAGUAUCAUAUCUUUUCCAUGCCAUUCCCUCCCCAGUAUUAAAUGCUAGACAUGUUUUCUUGAUGGCUGAUUCAGAAGUUAAGUGGCUUUUACUCUGGAGCUGCUGUACAUUGAUAUGAUUGUCUUACCUAUGUGAACAUGUGGCAAAGUCAAAGAUGAGCUGUGGGCUUUUUUUUCUCCAUCCUUUUUUUCCUCUUUUCUUUUUUUUUCCUUUUGGCAUUGCAGUGUUUGACACAGAAGAUUAGGUGGCAGAGAAAUCGCACAUACCUUAGCCAUAUCUUAAUAUGUACCGUGAUUUUUGAAGUUUGGCAGCCUGGUUAAGAUAUUUUUUUUUACGUUCAUAUGUUUCUGCUUAUUGUAAUUGACAUGUAAACCAUGUUUGUGGAAUGAGAAUACUACAAUGAAAUGUACAUAUGCUGUUAUUUUGUUAAUGCUUAUCAAGCAAAUUCUGCAAACUGGACAACUGUGAAUUUCAAACUGUAUAUUUAUACGUUUUUUCCUUGCAUUUUACAGUUAUUUUUUGUUAUGGUUUUGUGUAUUAUAAUUAUUGGGUUGUUUGUGAUGCUUUAAAAUUUUUAUUUUCAGAUGUGAAUGGGGUAAUUUUGAAGUUAUAUUUAUGAUUUUCUCAUCCACAACCAAAUGAAUGUGUGACAAUUAACCACAUAGCAUCAAGGAUCACACGUUCUUCCUCUUUUCUAAAGAAUGAUAGGUUAUGGCUAGCAAAGUAGAGACUAGCCAUGGAAGUUCUUAUUCUAACUUCUCUGCUUAUUAAUGGAGGAAAUGGAUUCAUUCCUAAAUUUUCCAUGGCACAGAAACCUGUACUGAGAUGUACUCAAGUUGUUUUUAUUGAUCUUACUUUCGUGGAUCUGAAAAAUGCCCCCUAGUAAUGUCAGGGGGAAUAUUCUAUGCCACGAAAACCUAAUUUAUCAAAGGGGUGACUUGUUGGAACCAAUGAUCAUUUCUUUGGUGUGCAUAUUGAUAGUUUUAGAUAAAUAAAAGUUCACCACUUUUUUUUUUUUUUUUUUUUUUGGUAACACAAAUUAUCAAAGCUAUACAUAAACUUAUACUACCAACCAGAUUAGUGUUGUGUACAUGUCUUGUGGUGAAAGACAAGGGGUACAAAGGUGAGAUUUUUUGUGUUGUAAUGCAUGUGUAUUCGUUGCAUAAUUACGAAUUAGUCUUGCUGGAAUUUUUCUAGAUGCAUUUAGAUGUCAUUGCGUUUUAUAAGCAUUAGGUGAUACGAACUAUCAGUUACAAUUUUUUUUUUUUUUUUUUUUUUUUUGGCAUUUUGCAUUUAUUGUCAGCCCUUCUGUUUUCUGAGUCGAUUCCCACCAUGAGCAUGUAAUUUCCACAUAUUGUUCUUUCAUUUCUUUUCCUCCAACUUUAAAUCUGGGUUAUGCAAUAAUGGAAUCCACAAAUCUUUCACGUAAUGCUGUUGAUACUCAAAGAAGAUACAUAGACUGAAUGAUAAUGCUAGUCUUUAUAAGCCAAAAUAUAUGACAUGUAGAUCUUUUUUCUCUUGUAGAAUUUUACCAUUAAUUUUUGCAUUCGCAGAUGCAUUCUCGUUGUGCAUCAUGGGUGGUUGGUGUUUUUUUUGGGUUUUUUUAAAAGUAUUAUCCUGAUGAUCUUUAGAAAUGCAGGAGUUAGAUAUGAAAACCAAAUGCAAGCUUAAAAAAUGUAACAAAAGUAAUUGUUAUGAAGGAAACCAGCACAAAAACGUCACAUGGUAAGAAUAUGUCCUCAUCUAAAGAGAAAUACUUCCUAUUGUCACCAAGUAUUAUUAUUGUUUCUUUCCAAGUAGAAUUUGAGAUCAGACUUACAUUCACAUAAUGUAUUGCAUUCAGACCAAUCAAAACUGUGUGCCACAACUUUGUCAACCAUCAUUCCUCUUUUUAAAUGGAAAAACAAAUGUCUUAAACUUAUGUAUAUAGCUUCUGGCCCCUACCAGUUUUGAUUUCCUAUGAUUUGUAAGAUGUAUAACAUGUUUGUACUCGUGCUGAUUUUAUGUGCUAGGAACAUAGGGCUUGCUUAUUAAUGUCCAUUCAGGGCUGGUUUGUACAUGGAUGAACUUGCCUUUCAUUUGCUAUCUUUCUACUGUACCCAUUUUUUUGUUGUCCGUGAACAACUCGGAGGAGAUUGUUUGUUUAAAAAAAAUAAUAAAAGAAGAAAAAAAAAAAGAAAAAAAAAACGUUAAAAAAUUAUUGAAAUGUCUUUACUUAGACUUGUAUGCCUUAUUGUUGUUUUCGUUAGUGUGUGUGUUUUAAAAAUGUCUCUCUCCCUCCCAGGGAAUUACUUUAAUUAAGCAUUGAACAUAUUCUCAAUAUUACUUGGAUGGGCACUUUUAUACCUUAAGGUUUAGACAAAGUGAUUUGUGUAUCCAAUCUGCUACCCUCGUACCCAUUCCCCAACACUGUUCUGGUCAGGUCCAGAUGAGGCACGUAUUUGAAGUUUUUGCUUUGAUCGUGUCUGUUCAUCAAAUUGGACGCAUGUGAUGAAAGUUGUCAUAAUGCUUUGGAAUUUCAUUUGUCACAGUGAUGUCUUUGCUUUGUUAUGUAGUGUUUUGAGAUGUGGUGAUUUAUUUUUUUAAUGGUUCAAAUUUUGGGAAAAGGCAAAAAAAAGUCCAGGUUUGGGGAUUUCUUCAUGCCACACCUUACUAGCAUUUUUUUUUGUGUGUGGGGAGGUCUUUUUUCACUUUUGGUUACUGUCGUGAUCUUGGUAGUGUUGAUGAGCUGUGGUGUUAAGACUGCCAUAUAUAGUUUGGAAGUGAAAUAGGUGAGGUUUGCUUUUGUGGACCCCUGUUUCUUGCUCACUUUACUGCUCAUACUCUUUGGCGUCUACUGGGAGAUCAUUUGCUAAAAAGUUUCCAUCUAUUUAUGUAUUUGAAAAAUUAUGUGUUUGUGCCCAGGUAAAGCCCAUGCUCGUUCAUCUUUCAUAAAUGGCACUUAAUUACUCAUAAAAGAUGUGCUGAGUCAAUCCAGUUUAAUGUAUGCAUGAAUAUUUUCUUCAUGUGGUUGCUACAAAUUAAUUGGUAGAGUCAUUACUCCUUCUGCUUCUACAGAUUGAUAAUUUCUUCCCUUCUUUUCUCUUUCAAAGGACUGAUAUGUUGGUACAUGAAAUGAUUUGAGGAUUUGAAAUGUUCAAGAUAAGAAACAGGUUUAAAAUUUUAAAAAAAAAAAAAAAAAACAUCUUGAGAUUGUAGGUGGUUGUGAUUCUGGUAGUUCCAUGUCAUCAAGUAAUGUAAAUUGACAUUGUUAUGGUUUAAGAAAUAUAGUUCGAAAUUUGACCUGUGGGUAUUUUUUUUAAGUUGUUGGAAUUGGGGAAAAGGCGUGAGUAUUGAGACAGUUCCUACUUCAGUGGCACUCAAUUUUACAUUGAAACUUCUCCACUUGCAUUUUACAUGCACAUUUUGUAAUUUAAUUUUUGUGUGCUAAUGGCAUGUCCUACUACUUCUAUUUUUGUGUUCCUUGUCUUACUUCUCCAAUAACACAAUAUGACCAUUGUGACUUGGUGUUAAUUUUUUAAACAAAGCUCGCUUGUUUUUAUUUAUUUUGCCAUUCUGUCCCUGUUUUUUUAUAAUGAACAUUAAGUAAUGAUGAUUUGAAGAAGUGACCUAGAUUUCGUAAUUGCAAAAGAAAGGGAUGGGAAGAUUAGGUAGACAACUUUUGACUAGAGGGAGUGAGAGCACCUGAAGGUCAAUCAAUGACGGGGAAGGGAAGUGAGAUGCCUCUGGAUUUGGUGGUGCCAAAUUUCAUUUUGAUGGCCCAUUUAAAGGACUCCUAUAAUAUUGCCAUUUAUUUUGCAUAAAGAUAUUGUGUGCUGAAAAGUGAAUGCCACCCCUCAUUUUGACAAUGACAGCAAGAGUUAUGACUUUUUGAUGAGAGAAAAGACCACUAUAUGACACUUUGUUCUAAUUGUUCUUCAUGAAGGACCUGAGAUGUACUGAAAUGGGGUAGAUAAUUGCAAUGAAAAUUCUGAAAGUAUGUGUUCAGGUGCCCCUCCCUGCUACCACUCAGAGAAAUGUCUCUGAAUGUUUGCCUUUCCAAUCAUGAAUCUCACACCUCAUGAUGCACAUGUUUUGAGGGUACGCAAAUUUUUCACAGCAGCGUUCUGUGCUUUCAAAUGUUCUUUGCUUUUCUAGUCUGAAUAGACAGGUCUCACCUGACAAUGGAUUUCUGUUAUUUAGAUAAAUGUUUACAGCAGGGUCUUAAAAUGUUUUGUACUUGAUGUACCCUGUAUUGAUCAAGACAGGAUUGUCUUGUGUCUCUAUGAGUCAACUUUGAAAACUUACAUUAAUUAUUAAAAGGUGUCGCUUGCCAAAGAUGCGAAAAUCAAAGAUGUGAAGGUAAGUAAAUAAAUGCUCACAUUUUCAUUUUGGUGUACUUAAAAGUAAGAACAAAAGGAGACUUUACUGUAACUAGAUUGAAUAUUCAAUUUGACUGUUGGUAGUACAAUGGCUUGUGUUAUCAACUUACUUGUGUGCAAUAACUUUUCUCAUUUAAACAAUUAUUGUGUAGCCACAGGAUUAGGAUGUGGAAUGUCCCACCUCCUCUCUUUUAAGAGAAGUGCAGUAAAGCUGAAAACCCAAGAAAGAAGAUUAAAUCGUAAAAGUAAAAGAUGCAUGGAAAGCAACUGGCAGAGCCGUACAUAUCAAAGGCCUUACUACCAUUUCAGUAGAGGAUGUGGUGUGUUCUUGGAGGAUGUAGGGCACCACUAGGAUUUUUUUCAGUAUUACUUUGAACAUACCCAUCCUCCACGUUGUAGCUCAGGAUGGUUCGUCUUUCGAUGAGAUUCAUUGGGAUAUUGAUCUUUUCUCCCUCACUCUUCCUUUAGAUUUUUGCAAACAAGGUUUUCCUCUCACCUUGUUCUGUCUCUCUUUCUCCCUAGAGGAAAAGGUGCCACAUCGAAAUAAGCAGUACAUUUGGAAUAUGUACAUUGGUUUUAUAUGUUAACAUUUUUUUAUGAGCAACUUAAAGACUUUGUUCUCCUCUUGCUUUCAUAGAAAGCUCAAAUGAAUGUGUUGUAACCCAGUACUGCUCACUGAGAUCUCAGUUUUUUCCUCCCACUUCAUUGGUCUCUUGUGUUCAUAUGUCAUUACAAAAUGAUACUUUCUAAUCAACCUAAAGUGCCACAGUUAUGUAUGAAGUUGAAUUUGGGGGAUGGGGUAAUGUUCCCAUUGCUUGUGGCAAAAACAAAAUUUGUUUAAAAAAACAAUUAAAAAAAAAAAACAAUCGUGAUUUCUAUGUUAAAGAGCAGUGUACAAACUAUUAUGGUCUCAUUGUAAGAGAUGAGAGCUAUGUGUAUAUUAAUUAAUACGUCCCAUUUUUGUUUGGUGUUCACUGUCCCUUGAAGUUGUGAUUGCUUGAACAAAGAGUCCAGUAUGUUUGCUAACGGAUAUUACAAGGGUAAGGUGCUGUGGGAUCAAUUUUGAAGCAGUUUUUGCCAUCAUUUUCAGUCAUAACGAUUCUGUCUAUUCAUAUGGUAUUUAUAUCAUUUGUCGGAGUUAUGUCGCAGUGUGAAAUGCUGCUCAUAUUGUGCUCCAUGCUGAGUGGAGUACGUUGUCAAAAUAAUCCCAUCAGAGAAAGUGUUCUACUGCGGAGGCAAAGCAUUUUUGAUGAUUGGCAAAGCGCCACAGGAGACACGUCAAUUUGUCAUCAUGGCAGUGGAUAGAUUUCUUGUCAAAACUAGCAGAAAAUGUAUCUUGAAUCAACCAAAUGCUUCUGGACUUCAAAAUCUUUUGUUCUAGUUUAUAAAUUUUAACUUGUUUUCAUGUUUGUAAGAUUCCGAGGGAGUUCUCUUCUUGAUCCAAUACAGUGAAAUGGGUGGGUGGGAUAUAGAACAGCUAGAAUUAUGCAUUUCCUUGCAGUUAAAUCAAUUGUUGAAAAUUUGUAGGUGUAUAAUUGUGACAAUCAGUAUUGGAUCACCUCUCCACCAGUUAACUGUUUGUGAAUUACAGUCUUGAAUGCACCUUCAAAGAGGCUCUAGUGAUACAUUGUCUGUUGUCUUCCGCACUAACUUUUGUAUUUCAAAUAAUCUUUUUCCUUUGCUUUUGGGUCAAGCUCAUUGUUUUUAUGACUUGAAAUCAAGGUUCACUGUCUCAUGUGAAAGUAAGAUGUUUCAGUAGAUCUAUUUGUAUUGGAUUUAGUUUGAAGUACUUUUGUGAAUACACAAUGGUUACCGUUUUCUGUUAGGAUUCUUGAAAUUGUUACACUUUAAUGCCAGUCCAUAUUUGUAUGAGUUGUGAUUUUUCUUUAUACUUCAUAGUUUUCCUUUCAAAGGGGUGUGGAGACAAAUUUUUCAAAAGUUGUAGAGGCCCCUGCCCCCUCCGUUUCUUACUUUCCCUCCAAAGGACCCAAAGUGUUUUGGUUCUUGACAGUAGUCUCACGUUCUCAAAAGACACCAGCUUACAGCCAGAGUAAUUGAAAGUAGGUUGAACAUCUGCAGUAUAUCGUAUUCAAAGACGGCUAAUAUGAGCUAAAUGCAUGUUUAUGCUUGUAUACAUGCUUUAACAUAAUUGUGCCUUCAUGGUUGCUCUUAUGGGUGUCGUCAGAUAUCCCACCUAUGACGAGAUGCAGUAAAACCUUAUCUUCAGACAAACAUUUACUCUCUUGUAAGGUUCAGGGGGCUCACGGGUAAAAACGUAAGUGUCUUUUAGAGGGGAAAAAGGACAAAAACAUAAGCAUAAUAAUAUGGCUGUUUUGAUGUAUAAAAAUGAAUCAAAGGCCCAUGUACAAAAAGUGCAAAUUGCUAUAGAUGAUGUAAUUUUUUUAGGUGAUAGCGUCUAAUAUUUCUUAUAAAAUCAUUCUUCUUUAUUCCUAUGCCCAUUUCAUAAUUGAAGAAAAAGAAAAUGGGCACUUUUCCUGCUUUAAAUGAAGCAAUGAUUGAAAUAAAAAAACUAGUUCAAAGAGAAUAUAUAUGUAACUUUUCUUCUUAUUCUUACCAGAUUAAUGAGAUGCUACUGUAAUGUUUUGGCAACGCUUGGACAUAGAUGCUAGUCUGCCGUCUACAUUUUUCUCUGAGAUCUACGGUUUUGUAAAACCUGGCUAAAAAUAUCAACUAAAACUGAACAGCAAAAAAUGGCAAAAAAAGAGAAAAUAAUGAUAUGUUGUAUUAUAUUUAUUGAUAUUUCCAGAUAUUCUCUACCUGUGAGCUCCCUUUAUUUAUUUAUACUUUUUUGGGUGGGCCUUGCUUCAUGUUAACAGGAAUUCUGUGAAAGUGGUCAGGCAUUUUGGUUACAUUUCAUGCUGUACUGAUUUAUUUGCCUCAGAUCUCCCCACCCUUGAACCUGGUAGUAAUAUGAAAAUAUGGAAAUCAGGGUUUCUCUUUGUAUUUAUUGCAUAAUGAUCGUGAAUUACAGGAACCAUUGGUGGUACCAUGAUUUUUGCCUUUUAACCAUUUUUGACCAUUCAGUUUUUGACAUGCUUAUUUGUGAUUGGUGCACAGGUAUUUAAUAUUGUAAUAUGAGUAAUGUGUGGGGCGUCCUCCCUUUCCCCUGUAAUUUUAAAAUGAAUGUUUUGUUCUGAACAAUGAUGUAGGCAUCUCUUUCUCUUUUCUCUCAAAAUUAAUAACUUUAUGACUAGAGACACUGAUACCACUUGGUACUUAGGAAUUUGAUUUCAUCUUGUGACAAGUGAGGUGAUCACACGCAAAAUGUCUAUAGACUGGGGCAGCUUUUUGAUGCCCCUCUCCCCAUUUCAAUUUCUUUUUUAAAAGUUUAAAUAGAAUGUGAAAGAGGAGAAGUUCAAACAUUUCAUGACAUGUAUAUUGUGCUCGUAGCUUGCUUUGACUAUAAAUUCCAAAAUAAAUAAAAGUCUUUAUUCAUUUAGAA